UUCACAGCGAUGGCGACUCGAUUCUUCUACGGGACGUAUUGAAACUGGCCUCGGAUAUGACAAAUGUAUUUCCUAACGUGUAAUUUAUUGCAAACCCAGUGCACGGAUCUUCAACUGGAUCAUUAACGUUUCUAUUGUCAUUGUUUUCUCUCUGACUUAGAUUUGGGGUCCAGUGAGGAAGGCCUGUGUUCCUUGUCCAGUGACCCACACUCCUUCACAAGGGCAAUGGAGGAGGAGGGGCCGCAGAGCAUGGAAUGUAUCCAGGCCAAUCAGAUCUUCCCCAAGAAGCCCCCAGUCCUGGAGGAGGAGAGCCUGCAGGUGCCCUUUCCCGAGCUGCAUGGGGAGUUCACAAAGUAUGUGGGGAGAGCGGAGGAUGCAAUCAUCGCCAUGUCCAGCUACCGCCUGCACAUCAAGUUCAAAGAGUCCAUCGUAAAUGUCCCUCUGCAGCUCAUAGAGACUGUGGAGUGUCGUGACAUGUUCCAGCUCCAUGUCACCUGCAAGGACUGUAAGGUCGUCAGGUGUCAGUUCGCCACCUUAGAGCAGUGUCAGGAGUGGCUGAAGCGGUUGAACGCUGCGGUCCGCCCUCCGUCUUGCUUGGAGGACCUCUUCUCCUUCCCCUUCCAUGCCUGGUGUGUGGACGUGUACGCCGGGGAGAAGGAGCAGCACGGGGAGCUGUGCAGGCCAGGAGAGCAUGUGACCUCCUGGUUCAAGAAUGAGGUGGAGAGGAUGGGCUUUGACACUCAAAAUGCCUGGAGGAUAUCUGACAUCAACAGCAAGUUCAGGCUGUGCUCCAGCUAUCCGCAGCAGCUCCUGGUGCCAGCCUGGAUCACAGACAAGGAGCUGGAGAACGUGGCAGACUUCCGCUCCUGGAAGAGGUUCCCGGCCGUUGUGUUCAGGCACCAGAGCACUGGGGCUGUGAUCGCCCGCUGCGGCCAGCCGGAGGUCAGUUGGUGGGGCUGGAGGAAUGCAGACGACGAGCACCUGGUCCAGUCCAUCGCCAGGGCCUGUGCUGUGGACUGCAGCUCCCGCAAACACCUGGCAAACGGAUCCUACAUCAAUGGAACCAUCGGCACCAAUGACCUCGUGGACACUGACUUCGAAUCGUCCCUGACGAACAGCUCGGAGGUAGAGACGCUGGCCAUCCAGCCACAAAAGCUGCUGAUCCUGGAUGCCAGGUCCUAUGCAGCCGCUGUGGCCAACAGGGCCAAGGGAGGGGGCUGUGAAUGCCCAGAGUACUACCCCAACUGUGAGGUUGUGUUCAUGGGCAUGGCCAACAUUCACUCCAUCCGCAAGAGUUUCCAGUCCCUGCGCUUCCUCUGCACACAGAUGCCAGACCCGGCCAACUGGCUGUCUGCUCUGGAGAGCACCAAGUGGCUGCAGCACCUGUCUCUGCUGCUGAAGGCUGCCCUGCUGGUGGUGAACGCUGUGGACCGCGACCACAGACCUGUUCUGGUGCACUGCUCUGACGGAUGGGACCGCACGCCCCAGAUCGCUGCCCUGUCCAAGCUCUUGUUGGACCCAUACUACCGCACCAUUGAGGGUUUCCAGGUGCUGGUGGAGACUGAGUGGCUGGACUUUGGCCAUAAGUUUGCUGACCGCUGUGGCCACGGGGAGAACUCCGAGGACCUGAACGAGCGCUGCCCGGUCUUCCUGCAGUGGCUGGACUGUGUUCACCAGCUCCAAAGGCAGUUCCCAUGCUCCUUUGAAUUCAAUGAGGCCUUCCUGGUGAAGAUGGUGCAGCAUUCCUACUCAUGUCUGUUUGGCACCUUCCUGUGCAACAGUGGUAAGGAGAGGGAGGACCGUCAGGUUCGGGAGAGGACCUGCUCCGUGUGGUCACUGCUGCGACCAGCCAACCGCGCCUUGAGGAACAUGCUCUACUCCUCCCACUCCGAGACUGUGCUCCACCCAGUGUGUCAUGUACGUAACCUGAUGCUGUGGACAGCAGUCUACCUUCCCAGCUCCUCUCCCACCACGCCCUCUGACGAGUCGUGUGCACCCUAUCCUGUGCCUGGUGCCAACCCUGAGGACACUCCCCUGGGCAGACGUCCGAAGACCCGUUCCUUCGAUAACUUGCCCAGCGCAUGUGAGCUGGGGAGCUCGCUUGCCCCCAACCGGCGCUCCAGUGACCCAAACCUAAAUGAGAAGUGGCAGGACCACCGGCGCUCUCUGGAGCUCAACAUCGCUAUGGGGCCCGACGGAGGGGGAGCUCAGGAAGGGCGUGCUAACGGCCAGCCUGGAGCAGCAGGGCCUCAGGCAGGCACGGCCGACUCUGAGCCGGAAGACAGCCCUGAAGGAGGGCAGAUUGAGCUGAGAGACGGAGCCUCCAAGGGGUUGUUAGCAGCAGGAGAAGAGCUUGAGCUCUCCAUUGAGCUGGCUGUGGCAGAGGGACAGAUGGAGAACAUUCUCCAGGAAGCAACAAAGGAGGAGGUUGGUGCCGAUACUCAGAGAGAAGAUAACGCUGCUGCUCCUCCUAUUGCUGUGGCUCAAACUCUGAUUGAUGCUAACGUUAAUGGAAGAGAGACGGAGAAAGAGGCCAGCACCAGUGAUGGUAAGGCUGAUAAACAAGCUAACAUCAAUGGGGCUGAGAAUCAGACGGAGGCUACUAUCACUAAUGGGCAUCACCCAGAGAAGGGCACAGAUGAGCCUGAGGAGGAGUCUAGUGUCUCUCCAGGCAGUCCCACGGACGUUCCAGAGGAGCAGGAGGAGAUAGAGAAGCCGGAAGAAGUGCUGGUGAAGCAGGUUCUGGAGAACCAUACUGCCCAGGAGGAGCCAGACCACAACCCUAGCACCAGCACCCCCAGCCCAGCCCACGCUACCCUUAGAACUAUAACCAAUGGCUUUGGAGAGAGGACACCAGUGGCUGCUGAGAAUCACCUUCCACCAGAGCUUAAGUCCAGCAGACACCUCUCAGAGGUCCUGGUGCAGGCUGACAAGAGGGCCUCCCUCAUGGAGAGCUCAACAGAGACUCUGACUGAAGAGGCCUGCACCAGGCCAGAGGCCCCAGUGCAGGCACCCAUCUGUGCAGGCCCCCAGCCCUGCUCUGAAGGCAGGAGUCAACCCCCCUGCCACAGGAGAGUGAACGGGGAGGCAGAGCCAGAGCAGGGGGCACCCAGGACUUCAAAUGGAGGACACAAGCGGCCCUCUGUCAGUGCCUUCCAGUCUUUGAGUGCUGAUCCCAGCAGGGAGGGACUGUGUAAUGGCGAGAGCUUGGAGGGGGAGCCCUGCAGUGGCCCUCACUGGGCCAAGGUGAAUGGGGAGCGGGCCCCACUGAGCCGCCAGGUGUCCCUGGCCUCCUGCAACUCCCUGACCCACCACCGCCGGGGCAGCUGCUCCCAGCACCGCUGCCUCCAUGCCCUACUGGGGCGCCCCGCCGCCACACCCAGCCCCGAGCAGCCGGCCCGCAGUCACCUGGACGAUGACGGGCUGACGCUCCACACGGACGCCAUCCAGCAGCGGUUGAGGCAGAUCGAGGCAGGCCACCAGAUGGAGGUGGAGACGCUGAAGAAGCAGGUGCAGGAGCUGUGGAGCCGCCUGGAGAGCCAUCACCACGCGGCGUCCCUCAGGAUCAACGGAGAUAUGGGAGACGAAGUGACCUCAAUGACAGACUCUGAGUAUAACCUGGAUGCUAGCUGCCUGUCCCGCUGCAGCACAGAGCUCUUCUCCGAGGCUAGCUGGGAGCAGGUGGACAAGAAUGACACUGAGGUGACCCGCUGGUACCCGGACCACUUGGCAGCCCAGUGCUACGGGUGUGAGAGUAGGUUCUGGCUCGCCACCAGGAAGCAUCACUGCAGUGACAGGGAGCCUGUCCAAGAGGUCUGGAACUGUGGGAAUGUAUUCUGUGCCAGCUGCUGCGACCAGAAGAUACCUGUGCCAAGCCAGCAGCUGUUUGAGCCCACCCGUGUUUGUAAGACCUGCUACGGCAGCCUCCAGAUCAAUACAGCUCCCAAUCCCAUGGAACUGGAGCUGGAAGAACCCAUCACAACCAGCUCCAACUAGGGCCCUGGGAGGGGCUAGGCCGAGCCCCCCAGCCAAUACUCAGCUAGCCACUGACAGUGUCAGGCACACUACUGAUGAGCUCAGGAGCUGCAGAAUGUCCCAUGUACGUGUGUGCUGCAAAAUAUGGAUUUUCAUGUAUAUAGGUCUGCAAUGCCAGAUGUAGUGGAGGAGGUGAACAAGGUGUUUUUGCUAGAUGCUAAGCACUUUGCUAAGCAUGGUGGUUAUGCACAGGAAUGGAUGAAAGGAAAGAUUGACGGAAGGGUGUGUGUGACAACACACAGAGGACUGCUGGUAGUGUUUGUUGACGUGGUGUAGGACUGGGACAGCGAUAGAGCAAGGAUAGCCUGUUUGGUCCCACUGUCCUGUUUGGUCCCGCUGUCCAGGAGGGGGGGCACGAGAGGGUCAUCACCGAAUGAUGCUGUAAAGUCUUCUUGAGAGCUUGUUCAUCUUUUUUUUUCUUUUUUUUACCCACUUCUAGUUCUUACAGGAGUGGUAGCAUCAUCCAUCCCCUAGGGACUUUUCUGUUGGACAGUGGUGAGAUUUGGGACAGAAUGGAAGAACAGCUCCAGUGCUUCAGAAACCACUUCUAGUGUCCAGAAGGGCUGGACUGUUGGCACGGCCUUCCAUUGACUUCUGGGGAACACCUGGAUGAACUUGGGCAGAAUUUCAACUUGAGUUAUGUGUCUGAAGUUAGGACUCUGCCCUAAGCAGGGAGGGUAUUUGGGAGUUACUGAGAUCUAACAAGUGUUAGUUUUUGAAUUGCAUCAAAGUAUGAAUCCUCUCCUAGCUGGUUCCAUUUUGCAACUCUCUUGGCAUGAAUAGGUGCCACACACUAAUGGUAGACGAUGUAGAUAAUGUUGACAGCUGGUAUUAUGACAGAGCUUCUGAACCAAUGCUGCGUUCAAAACGACUGGGAACUCAGAUCAAUCAUGUCAGUGAUCGUCAGGUCCGAAAGUCGGAGCUCUAGAAAGAGGCCUGAAUACCCAAGUUGGAAUUCCGAGUUGGAUGACUGUUCACACAGAUUUUUCCCGGUCGGAGCUCGUUUUUUCACAAGUUUCCAGUUGUUUUGAACGCGGCAUAAAUUUAAUUUGUCAUUGUCACUUGUUUUCAGAGACCUAAAUAAGCUCGAGGAGAGGCUGUGGAAAUGCAUUUAUUUACUCUGCCUUUAUGCCCAUCACUUCAAAUUAGGAUGACCCCCCCCAAUUUACCCAGCAGGCACUUGGAGCAUGGUGGCACUGAAGUGGACAUGACAUCAUGUUCAAUCCAUCACAACCAGGGUUUAAUAGGAAGUGGUGUAAUGGUUGUCAUGGGGACACUAAGGGAUGUGCUUUAGUCAUGUUUCUGUAUCAGUUUCCCCCUGUGAUGACAGGAACUCAUUUACCAAUGUGUCCUCGUCUGCAGGAUGGGGGAAUUAUUACCCAACACUGACUGCUAAUUUAGUAACUAAAUUCCUUGCUAUUAGUUGAACAUAAUGAAACAGCCCUAAAAUAUUUAGUUGAGAGUCAUACAUGCAUCACAAUCUUUUCCUUUGAACAUCCUCAUAACCACCAUUGCGUCAUGUCCUAUAUAAACCGAGGAAGUGCUGGAUAGUACAAGGGGAUGAAAUGUAUAGUACUGUGUCUCUGUGGAACAUCCAGUGACACUAGAGGGUGUUGUUCUUAGCUGGUUAGCUCGGUUUUCUCCAGCUGAAUUGAGAAGUCACUUAUUUCAUCUCUCUUCAAUAAACUCCUCUGAUACAUUUUUGUAACAUAAAUAAUAUAUUCAGAUAAGUAUAUAGCGUUUAAGAAACGAUGUAUAGAAGAAUCCUUUUAGAGUGGCUCACCAAAUUAGUCACCAUAAACCUUUUCAUUUGUAUCUUUUUCUUUUUGCUGAUUGCAGAAAAAAACGAUACUUUCAACUUGUUGGAAACAGGAAUCAAUUUUUUUUGAAGCGGGUAUGUUCCUGUUUUGAUGCUGCAGUGGUUUUCCAUUUUAUUGGUAUCAGUACCUUUUUCAUUAUUUAUUGAUGUUUUAUUCUUGAAUUGCUGUCUCAAAUUUAGACAAUUCCAUUGCCACAGGAUAAUCAGUGUUUAUCAGUAGUGGAUCUUAAGGGCUGUGAGAAAAGAUGGCCCAAAUCGAUGAGAUUCCCAUGCACUGACAGAAUGGUGGUUAGAAACAACAACCUAUACUAUACCCCCACCUCCCACUCACAUACGGUCACACAUACCCCACUCAUAUACAGUACAUGUACACACUACCUCUACCAUACAGACAGGAGCUCCACACACUCAUACAUGCACACAGAUAUUCUCACUGCGCUUGUAGUAGUUGAUAUUUGCUUUUCAGAUGUUCGCCAUCAAUAUUGGCCUUUUGUUAUUAAUGAUUUUUGGGUUUUACGAGCAUUAAAUGUACAAAUACAACCCUAUACUAUGUCCAAAAUGAUAUCCUUCAAGACUGCCAAUCAUUAAUAAUGCCACUUGUCGUACUAGCAGGACACAAAUGAAUCACAGGAUUUCAGCAAUUGUUAUUCACAACUCUAUCUGAUCAGCAGACUGUGUGAAAGAGCCAUGUAUAGUUUGGACUGCCAUCUUGUAAACCAUCUGAGGGCUUAGACCAAACUCUUGACUGUUGAUCUCUUUCAAUGACCCCCUGAAUAGCUUAUGCUGUGUACAUUUCAAUGGCUGGACUAAGUAGUCCAUAGCUUCAGAUCUCAAAGCCAUGUGGGUCUUUCUGGUCAUAAUUUCCCAAACUGAGGUUUGACAUUUGAGGGCUAAAUUAGGUCCAGAGUAAUGCUCCUUUAGACACUCAUUUACUUCUGGCUUCCAUUAGUGUCCCUGUCACACUCUGGCAUGUCGAGGGCGAGGCUAGAGGCUGUAGGGCAGUUUCACCGUUACAGGCACGAUGAGGGGCAGCAAACUUGGCUAACAAUCCAUGAAUGCGAAUUAGAAAAAAAGUGACAUUGUUUUGCACAGCAUUUCAGUUAAAGUAGACACUGUCACAGUAAUACAUCAAACAAUAAAGCUGAAAAUAAGUCUGUUCUAUUCAGUAUUAUGUCACCCACAGAAGGACUCCCAUGAGGGAUGAGCCUGUUUCUUUUGGUGCUGUUGUGGGGCAUAGCUGGAUAUGAUGGGAGUAUGUGGAGGGGUUGGAUUUACACAUUGUCUGUCUGGAGGAGCCCUUACACUUCGUCCAGUUGGUUUUUUGAGUUAUUUUGAUCUUCUUUGGCUUUCAUUUCUCUUCCCUCGUGUAAUUUAAGAAGCUGCCCAUCACGUAGUUCCACAUAGGAGGCAUCCCUGCAAUGGCCCAGGAAUCCGGUGUAAAUGCAAGUGUUUCCGAGCGUGUGUGUGUGAGCAAGCGUGUGUCUGUAUGUCAGAGGGAAACUGGUGCCAAGCAGUUCUUAUACAGGUCUCUAACAAAGCAGUGGAGUCUGCUGAGGAGAAACGGCUCAUAAUAAUGGCCCGACCAGCGCAAAUGGAAUGGCAUCAAAUGCAUGGAAACCAUGUGUUUAAUCUAUUUGAUACUAUUCCCGCUCCAGCUAUUACCAUGAGCCCGUCCUCCCCAAUUAAGUUGCCACCAACCUGUGUAAUAAAGGGAUAACUACUGUGCUUUUGAUUUGUUUUCCUCCUUUACCAUUAUCUUUAACAAGCACUUUCAACCUUCUCAUGUCUCGUCGGUCGAAGAGGACUUUGUAGCUGUUUCCUGUAACAGGACAUAGCAGUUUCUUGUAAAAACAAGUGCUCUUUUUGUUUAGUAUGUUUAUUUUGUUUUGUUGAAUUUACUUUAAAGAGCAUUACAUUGAUGUAGAAUUAAAGGAAAAUAAAGUGGGCUAUUUCCAUGUGUUA